AGCCUGUGCCUCUGGGGAGCGGAUGCCGCGUUCGCUGUUGGUUGCCAUCACCUGGGUGACCGUGGUGACCGUGGUGCUGGCUGGUGGCAAAGGCGGAUCCACGGGAGCCACAGUGAAGGGAAAAGACUUGAUUUAUUUGCUGCGGCGCACAGGAGUGAGCCCAGAGCCGUGUACUUGGUGCCCGCCUGCUGUGCUCGCUGCACAAAGCAGAGAAGAGUCCCAGGUAGAUUGGGCUUGCCAUGUUCCUUCGAGUUACAGAAGAGUAACGUGCAUUUGCUCCCCCGACCUCCUCCUCCCGCUCAGCAGCCGCUGUGUUUUGGAGGGAACAGGUUGAGAAGUACCCAGGCAGCUGCGCGAGUUGCUCUCAAUGUUCCCGAAACCCGGGUGACGUGUUUGGAAAAUGGACUCCGAGUGGCCUCUGAGGACUCGGGGCUCUCCACGUGCACGGUUGGGCUCUGGAUUGAUGCUGGAAGUCGAUACGAAAAUGAGAAGAAUAAUGGAACAGCUCACUUUCUGGAGCACAUGGCUUUCAAGGGCACCAAAAAGAGAUCCCAGCUAGACCUGGAACUUGAGAUUGAAAACAUGGGUGCUCACCUCAACGCCUACACCUCCCGGGAGCAGACGGUGUACUAUGCCAAGGCGUUCUCCAAAGAUUUGCCAAGAGCUGUGGAAAUUCUUGCUGAUAUAAUACAGAACAGCACCUUGGGAGAAGCAGAGAUUGAACGUGAGCGCGGAGUGAUCCUUAGAGAGAUGCAGGAAGUUGAAACCAAUUUACAGGAAGUCGUUUUUGAUUAUCUUCAUGCCACAGCUUAUCAAAAUACAGCACUUGGACGGACAAUUUUGGGACCAACUGAAAAUAUUAAGUCCAUAAAUCGGAAGGACUUAGUGGAUUAUAUAACCACACAUUAUAAGGGGCCAAGAAUAGUGCUUGCUGCUGCUGGAGGUGUUUCCCAUGAUGAGCUGCUUGAGUUAGCGAAGUUUCACUUUGGUGACUCUCUGUGUGCACACACAGGAGAAAUACCAGCUCUGCCGCCCUGCCAGUUCACAGGGAGUGAGAUUCGUGUGCGGGAUGACAAGAUGCCCUUGGCACACCUUGCAAUAGCUGUCGAAGCUGUCGGGUGGGUGCAUCCAGAUACCAUCUGCCUCAUGGUUGCCAACACGCUCAUUGGCAACUGGGAUCGUUCUCUUGGGGGAGGGAUGAACUUAUCUAGUAAACUGGCCCAACUCACUUGCCACGGCAGUCUCUGCCACAGCUUCCAGUCCUUCAACACGUCCUACACAGACACAGGACUGUGGGGCCUCUACAUGGUUUGUGAACCAGCCACAGUUGCAGACAUGAUACACGUCGUUCAAAAAGAAUGGAUGCGACUCUGUACAAGUGUAACUGAUAGUGAAGUUGCACGAGCCAAAAAUCUUCUGAAAACGAACAUGUUAUUACAGCUGGAUGGUUCUACACCAAUCUGUGAAGAUAUUGGGAGGCAGAUGUUAUGCUACAAUAGGCGAAUUCCCAUCCCUGAGCUUGAAGCAAGAAUUGAUGCUGUGAAUGCUGAGACACUUCGAGAAGUCUGCACCAAGUAUAUCUAUGAGAAAAGUCCAGCUCUUGCUGCUGUUGGUCCUAUUGAACAACUACCAGAUUUUAACCAGAUUCGCAGUAACAUGUGCUGGAUUCGUGGUUAAGAUCCUUGUAAUCAAAAUCCCUAAUGAAGGGGCUGGGGAGAUAACUCAGCUGUCUAAACAUCUACCUGGCAAGUGCAAGGACCUGAGUUCAAGCCCUGGUACAACAUGCUGUGCUGAUCAAACCACAAGCAUGCUAUCAGCACUGAAACCUAGUGUGGUGGUGCAAACCUGUAAUCCCAAUGCUGGGGAGACUGAGAUACGAGGAUCACUACAAGUCUGAUCUGCUUAGUGAGACCCUCUAACAAACAGUUUAAGUAUUUAAAAAAUCCCUAAAGCAAAAAACAAGUGUAAUGUGUUGGCAAAUUUUUGAGAUUACCACCUUUUAAGAUUACAACCUUGAUGGUUUUGUAUAACAUCAAUCUUAGCGCUCUUAGAAAUUGUAUUAGAAGCAGCACACAUUCAAAUUAUUACCAUAAAUAUAAUUUUAGAAAUAAAAAUUUUAUACAGUG